AAUUAUAAUUAAACACAAUUUGUGUAUUACAAUCGUUUUCAAACCUGCGAACACUCAUUCAGGCAUUGAUAGGGCAGCUUCUAUCAGGACCCAACACGUCUAGUUAGCCUUCAAUUUCAUUAUUAGCAUUAACUCUAAUGCUCAAAACUGCACAGACGUUUUAGUUUGUAAGAGAAUUACCAGUAUGAGUAUGUCCCCAGCAGUUACAACACUGUGUGAAAAUUCAAACGAGGUCUUUCUAGACGUGGCCAAGUUGUUACUUACAUACGCGGACAAUAUUUUACGGUAUCCCAAUGAGGAAAAGUACAGGUCGAUCCGCAUAGGAAAUCCUACUUUCUCCACAAAGCUGCUGCCCAUCAAAGGAGCUGUGGAAUGUCUCUUUGAGAUGGGAUUUGAGGAGGCGGAGACCCACUUGGUAUUUCCUAAGUCUGCAUCAGUGGAAAAGCUGAAGCUCAUCCGGGAAUCCAUAGCAGCAGAGAGGGAUCAGAGGCUCCGUGUAGGACAGCCUGUCCAGCCAUCCACUCUGGUUGCACCCUCAGCUUCAGCACCAGAAAGCUCUGCUGCUACAUCCUGCCAGCCAGUUUCACCACCUCCACCAGAGUCAUCAUCCUUGGAGAGCAGUAUGAGCUUCUUUGUGACUCUCCAGUCUAACUUCCAACACGUGAUGCUCUAUGAAAAUCCUGAGCUGCAGCAGAAAGCCAAGACCCACAUCCCUCACCAGCAGAUGUCUUCUACCGCUCAGCACAAGCUGAAGGGGGCUAAAGAGGCUGACCCAGAAUGUAAACUUGGAAUAGAAGACUUCCUGGUGCUGGAGUUACUCCAGUGGUUCAAACAGGACUUCUUCUCCUGGGUGGACUGUUGUCCCUGCAGCCGUUGUGGAGGUCCGACCCAGAACGCUGGCUCCCUCAGUCCCAGCACUGAUGACCUUCGCUGGGGAGCUCAGCGAGUGGAGAACCACUACUGUCAGGGCUGCAAACACUCCACCAGGUUCCCAAGGUACAACAAUCCCGAAAAGCUGCUGGAAACCAGGAAGGGGCGCUGUGGAGAGUGGGCUAACUGUUUCACCCUGUGCUGCAGAGCCCUUGGACUUGAGGCCAGGUAUAUCUGGGACAGCACAGACCAUGUGUGGACAGAGAUUUACUCUGUCUCUCAGCAUCGCUGGCUGCACUGUGACUCGUGUGAGAAUGUCUGUGAUAAGCCUCUACUGUAUGAGGUUGGCUGGGGAAAGAAACUGGCCUAUGUUCUGGCCUUCUCUAAAGACCAGGUGGUGGAUGUGACGUGGAGGUACUCCUGCAACCAUCCAGAGGUUUUGUCGAGAAGGACUGCUGUUCAAGAGGCAUGGCUUCUUCACACCAUUAAUCGGCUCAAUGCCUCAAGGCAGCAGUCCCUGAGUCCAGACAGGAAGAAAGAGCUGACAGAGCGGUUGCUGGUCGAGCUGGUGGAGUUUAUCUCCCCCAAGAACCCAAAACCAGGACAGCUGGGUGGACGCAGCUCUGGCUCUCUGGCAUGGAGGAUAGCCAGAGGGGAGACCGGCCUGACUGAUUUAGCACAGGCUGCAGAAUAUGUGUUUACUCCUACUGAGAAAGAGAAGAGUGACAAAUUGCUGCAUGUGCAAUAUAGUGUCACCAAAGACCAGUACUGUCGAGUGUCCAACAGCUCUGAGGUCAUUCAGGGCUGGGAUCAGUGUGUGUGGAGCAAGGAGUCAGUCUUCAGAAAGGUGGAAAAGGACUGGCAGAUGGUGUACAUAGCUCGAACAGAAGGCUCCGCUACAGGAAUAAUCAGCUGGAAGUUUGAUUUUGCCCCAGUGGGAAUGAAGAUAAAAUCUGUCUCGAUCAUGGCCAGCAGUCAGACAUUCCACUCGGGGAAAGUCUCCUGGCAGUUGCAGUCAGGCCAGAAUACUACAGAAUUCUCUGGAGAUGGGAAGAUGCAGUUGUUUUCAUGUCUGUCUGGCUCUUCAGACUUUGUCCUUGUAGCAGAACUCAGUGGUGGAGAAGGAGAGACAUCUUGGCAGCACUCUCAGCUGUUCAGACAGAGCUUGAAGGAGACAGAGGAGUCUUCAUUUGAAAUUCUUAUCCACAUAGAAGAUGCUUAACAGUUGUUUUCUCUCGACAGAAUUGGACCCUUAAUACCUUUUUACUCUUGGCUGACUGAAAAGUUCAGUGGUAAAUGUUUGGAGGAUAGUUUGGAUUGCACUCUUUAAAUAUGUGUCCAUCCUCCAGGAUGAGUAAUCUUCUAAUGAUAGAUGAAUGACAACAUGAGUUUCAUACCUCUCACAAAGUACAGAUGUUGUCAUCUGUCUCACUUCGAGUUGACUAAUGGCCAAAUAACCCACGAGACUGUCUACAGUAUACCUGUAAAGAGUUUUAACUGUAAAGCCAUAGGUUUUUGAAACAUACUGUAUGCCUUUACUGGGAAUGUGUCUGUAAUAUGUGAUGUAUAGAGAUAUUUCACAAAACAAACCAGGGUUGAUCCCCUUAUCAGCUUAGGUUUCUCCAGUUCUCCUGCUAGUAAUAAACAAACUAUUGUUGAGAGUUUUAUUUAAUAGGUACUGGGUUACUGUAAUUUUACACCUUACCAUCUCCAGUUACAUGCU